AUGAGAGAUUUGUAUGCGUGCGCUCUAUUUUGGUCGCGGUGGCUGGUGGCACACUCGACGGCUAAUCGGCGCGUCACGUGGCCACCGCCGGAAGGAUGGGGGGCAAUCGUCCCCUCACCCCUCCGUCGUCCUCCCCCGCAGCCCCCUCAGCCCCUGCUGGCCCCUCUCCCCCGGCGCCCCGCUCUCGAACACCCCGAUUCCCGCAUCCUCGCCCCGAGACGCGAGGUCCGGUCUCGCGGUGGAGGCGACGUCGGCCGCCGCUCGCAUCAUGCUCUAGUCCACGGCCGUGAUGUUGGGACCGAGUCGUGUCGACGGUGA